AUGGAGGGAGUCGAUCUUACCAAGACGAUGCUCAACAAGGGCAAACAGAUGGCAAACGUUGCUGCUUCAGCUGCCAAUGGCAAUGGCGGAAAGAAGAGGAGAAAGGGUACUGACUUGAAGCCCAUCGUCACUAAUGAAGCGAACCCUGCGCCCGGCGCUACUGAAUCAACCGGCGCUGCUCAGUCAAACCCCAAAGCACCCGCAUCGCGCUCAUCAUCCUCAUCGUCUGGCGAAGAACUCGAGGCUACUGCGGAAGAGGAGGACUCCGAAGAUUACUGCAAGGGUGGAUACCACCCCGUCGCUGUCGGUGAAGCAUACAACAAUGGUCGCUAUAUUGUCGUGCGCAAGCUUGGCUGGGGUCAUUUCUCCACGGUCUGGCUGUCGCGGGAUACAACCACCAACAAGCACGUCGCGCUGAAGGUGGUUCGAUCCGCCGCACACUACACCGAAACCGCUAUCGACGAAAUCAAGCUCCUCAACAAAAUAGUUCAAGCGAAACCCUCUCACCCUGGUCGGAAGCAUGUGGUUAGUCUGCUGGACUCGUUUGAGCAUAAGGGACCCAACGGUAUCCAUGUUUGUAUGGUCUUUGAGGUCCUGGGCGAGAACCUGUUGGGCUUGAUCAAGCGGUGGAAUCACCGCGGCAUUCCCAUGCCGCUAGUCAAGCAGAUUGCGAAGCAAGUGCUGCUGGGCUUGGAUUAUCUUCACCGCGAGUGCGGGAUCAUCCACACCGAUCUGAAGCCGGAGAAUGUGCUGAUCGAGAUUGGAGACGUGGAGCAGAUCGUCAAGGCGCAUGUCAAGGAAGAAGACAAUAAAGAGGCCAAGGAGAAAGAGGAUAACCGGAAUGGGCGGAGACGGCGACGAACACUGAUCACAGGGAGUCAGCCCCUCCCUAGUCCGCUCAACACCAGCUUCAACAGCUUUGACUUCAAGCACAGCUCUUCCAACUCACACAGUAGCCUCAGCCAGAUGGUCAACGAACCUACAGGUCAGUCCCCCUUGGUACAUAUACGAUACGACCGUGCGCGAACUGAAACUGACCUAGCAUCUACUGCAGAAAUGCCCUCUAUGAGAGAACUGCUUGGGGUGAAGGAAGAAGAUGCGAAGCAGAACCAGCGAGAGAAAACUGCUGAUCUUCUGGAGCGAGAGGUGUCUGGCAUUUCUCUCGAUAAAGGCUCUUCGAGCAAAGCACCAGAAGAAGAACUUGACGUUAAUAUUAUCUCUGUCAAGAUUGCAGACUUAGGCAAUGCUUGUUGGGUCGGCCAUCAUUUCACCAACGAUAUUCAAACUCGUCAAUACCGCUCGCCCGAAGUCAUACUGGGCUCUAAGUGGGGUGCCAGUACUGAUGUGUGGAGCAUGGCAUGCAUGGUUUUCGAACUUAUCACCGGAGAUUACCUCUUCGACCCCCAAUCAGGGACCAAAUAUGGCAAGGACGACGAUCACAUCGCCCAAAUCAUCGAACUACUCGGUCCCUUCCCCAAGUCACUCUGCAUGUCCGGCAAAUGGUCCCAAGAAAUCUUCAAUCGUAAGGGUGAACUGCGCAAUAUCCACCGACUCCGUCACUGGGCCCUUCCCGACGUCCUACGAGAAAAGUACCACUACUCCAUGGAGGAGAGCAUGCGUAUCAGCGAACUCCUACUGCCUAUGCUUGAUUUGUCACCGGAGAAGAGGGCAAACGCUGGUGGCAUGGCAGCUCACGAGUGGCUAAAGGACACACCUGGUAUGGACGGGGUCGAUCUGGGCAUUCCCCCUGGAACCCGCGGGGAGGGUAUUGAAGGCUGGGCUACCGAGGUCAAAAAGCGAUGA